AUGGCUUCCCGUGAUUACUAUAACGAUAACAACUCGUACAACGAGGAUAAUAACUCCUCGUACAACCGCCGCGACGAGGGUCGGAAUGAGAACUACGGCCGCGAUGAACGCCGCAACGACUCUUACAACAACGAGUCCCGCAACGAGUCCUACGGCCGUGAUGACCGCCGCCACGGCGACUACAACGACACCCGCUACUCCGGCUCUGGCCAAUACAGCGGCGGCGACGACUUCAGCAGCGCAGCCCAACACGCGCAAUCCCACUCCUCCUCAGACAGCUCCCUCUUCAACUCCGCUUUGUCCUUCCUAAACGACCGCAAGGGCCAAUUCCAAGACCCGUCCCGCAUCGAAGUCGACGAGCAGCACGCCGUGCAGGCUCAUAAUGCCAUGUACAACAACGGCGGCGAUGAGCAGGGCCGCAGCCACGAUUCUUCGACUGUGGGUGCCGGUGCGGCGAUGCAGGCGUUGAAGAUGUUUACGAGUGGCGGGAGUAGUGAUGGGGGGAUGGAUAAGAAUAAGUUGAUUGGGUUGGCGAUGGCGCAGGCGGGGAAGUUGUGGGAGGAGAAAGAGGGGGCUGGGGCUAGUAUGAACGGUGAUAAGCAGUCUGCUGUGAACAGUGCUGCGGAGAUGGCGCUGAAGAUGUACAUGAAGAGUCAGGGUGGUGGUAUUGGUGGUACUGGUGGUGCUUCUGGAUUGAUGAGCCUGGCUAGCAAGUUCCUGUAG